AGGGCGCGAAGAACUGGCGGUAGACGUUAAGUCGGCGAACUAAGACACGUGCCCGAGGGUUGAGGUUUAGCAACCGAUAAUUAGGGUUUUACUGCGUAUGCAAUUGGAGAAGAGUGACACUGUGUCCGAAGCAGAAGCAGCUUCCGAUUCCAUGGCUUCCGUGGUUGCUUCGCUGUCGAAAAGCUUCUAUCAGGUUCCUCUUUCUGCCGUUCCGCCAAUGCUGGAUUGCAUUCUGGUGUCUACUGGUUUGUCUCCGCCUUCGCUCUUCGCUUCACUCCUCGAUGAUUUCCCUCGUAUUCUCAAGGAUGUUGUCCACGAGGGUGAUAAUUUGGAUGCUGAUAAACGUCUCCAUCUUGUGUCACUGGUGGGUGCUUUUUGUUACCUCCUGGAGAAAACGGGGGCUGAUUGUGAUGCUGUAGGAUCGUUUGUGUUGAGAUGUUUUCUUCCUUUAGCCAAAGUGCUACAGCCAUUGCAGCGUGACUUGCUUAAUCAGAUCACAGAAUCGUUUAUAGGUGCUGUGAUCGAAACUCACACCUGGGAAGUUCUUGAAGCAACUUUAGUGCCGAUUUUUUUAAGAUCAAUUGGUCUUUCCAUGGGUAUGUUUCAUAACAAUGAUUUGGAUUUCUAUGAAUGGAAUAGCAAAUCAUCUUGCCACGGUUCAUAUGACACCAUAAUUGUUCCAUUAAUGGACAAGGAACUCUUGCUGUCUUCGUCAAAUGGUUUCAAAUUGUCAACGUCAUGUGAUGUUUUGGUGGUAAUUCUGGAUGCUGCCCUUCAGUUUCUGCAAACAUAUACAGUCUCUAAAUUAGCAGAAAGAAAAGGGUGCAUUGCGGAUAAAUUUGUUAAGGUUUUGAUUCGAGAAUUAUGUAAUUUGAUUGAACGGAUGGUUUUACAUAGUCCAGAGCACAGGUCUUGUGCAGUUAGCCUUCUUCUUCCUGUCAUUCUCAAAGCAUUACCUGCCAAUUGCUCAUUUGAAAUCUCAAUCCGUGGGCAGAAACAUGGCUUUUCCCGGGAGUAUUUCUUCAUCAAAUUGUGGAACUGCUGCAGAACACUGUUUUCAAAUGGACCUUUAGAGAGAAGGGAGGCAUAUAAUAUACUAUCAUUGUAUUUCUCUUUUUCCUGGUCAACAGAAGAAUGUGAAGAUGCUGAUAGUGAUACCAUCAUUAAAACUCAAAAAUUUGACAUAAGAGCAGAAAAAGAGUUCUGGGAUGAGAUAAAGAGGGGCCUGGUACUCGAGGAGAGUUUAGUGAGGAAGCAGAGUUUACAUAUAUUGAAGAUGGCUCUGAAUUUACAAGGAGGAACCAAUUCCAUCUCUAGCAUUUCCAAAAGGAAUACUGAUGGAAAACGUUCAGUAUCUCAUGGUGUGACAAAGAGGGAAAAAUGGGCUUACAAGGAAGCAAAAUCACUUGGUGUUGGGAAGCUUUCCAUGAUAGAUGACCUGAUUUUUAACAGCCAGCAAUAUUGGGAUGCAUUUGUGCUUUUAUAUGAGAUGCUUGAAGAAUAUGGUACUCAUUUAGUUGAAGCAGCUUGGAAUCAUCAGGUCUUUUUGUUGCUUCAGUUCUCUGGAUCAUAUCUCAAUGUUGGAAGCAGUAUCAGUAAAGUUCAUCAAAAUCAAUUUGAAAUAUAUGGUGAGACUUUUGAUUGGUUAUCUAUUCUAUGGGAACGAGGCCUUCAUCAUGACAAUCCUCAAGUAAGGUGUCUGAUUAUGCAGUCUUUUCUUGACAUCAACUGGGAGAAUUAUGGGAACUACAUAAAGUCAGUGCCUGAAACUUUUGUUCUUGGUCCAUUUAUGCAAGGGCUGAAUGACCCAAUCCAUCACAAAGAGUUUGGUGUAAAAGGAAUUUAUAUGUCAAGGGUGAUUGAAGGUGCAGCCCAGUUUCUACGCUAUUAUGUUAGUUUUCUAGCCCCAAGGAAAUGCAUUGCAUUUUUGUGCAAUUUAGCAUCUACUGCUAAACAUAUACCUUUUGGUCGGGCUGGACUUAUGGGCCUUGCUGAAUGCAUUACUUCCGCUGCUUCUGGCAUUGGAAUACUUAAUCAUGCCAGGACAGAAUCAUUUAAAGGAAAUUUUCCACUGGAAUUCACUUCUGGAAUGGGAAAUCCAACUGAUAAAAAAGAAUUACUGGAUAUCUUUAGAUAUCUUGUUGAGAGCAGCAAACAACAUUUCAAUCCCAGUUACCGUCUUCAAGUUUGUGGCAAAAUUCUGGAGGCUGCUCUUUAUGUAGUGUGUCCAUUUGAUAUUCCGCUUGAAAUUCUUUUGCUUUUCAUUUCAGCAUUACCGCGGGAAUUUACAGAUUAUGGGGGUCAGUUAAGGGUGACUGUGCAAAGAUGGCUUUCAGGUUGUGCUGACAAGGAUAGGUGUUCCAAUUGCUGUAGUAACGAGAUAAAGUUGUGGAAGAAUCUUUAUGAUUUACCACAGAGCUUUGUUACUAAUCAUUUUUCCGUUGAUGUUUCUCUUAAUUAUGAUGAUGAAGACUUGAGUGCAUGGGAGUUUGAAGUGAAUAGAUGGGCAAGAGUGCUUUUUCUUGCCAUCAAGGAGGAACAUCGUCUGGAACCUAUUUUAAUGUUUAUUCAAAACAGUGGCACUAAUAUUUUGAAACAAAACCAUGAUACAAGAUACGAAGUAGUCAAAUUCUUGACUCUUGCUUUGAGUUUGGUUCUGGAGCUUCGCAGAGCAAAGGAAAAAGCAGUUGAAUAUGGUAACAAAGCCAGUAGAAAUAUGGAAAAUGCUUUCCCUGGUGUAGUUCAUUAUCUGGGUUUCAUUGAUGACAUCUCUGAGAAGCUUGUUCAUAAAUUUCUGUAUUUAAUGGAUGAACUGGUUCAGUUUGCCAGCCAGUCUUGUUCUGUUUUCUGGUCCGGUGUUGCUACAGAGGACACUGCACUGCCUGGUGCAAUAAAAGGAAAACUUGGAGGCCCUAGUCAACGAAGGCUGUCAAUUUCUGCUACCACUGCUGUAUUGAAGGCAGUAAUGUCUGUAAAGGCCAUAUCAUUAAUCUUCUUGUGGUGUAAACAAAUAAAAAGUGAUGCUCCACUUAACUCUGCUUUUACUUUUAUGUGGCAAUUCUUCUGGAGGACUACCAGAUCUCCGCUUUCAUGUUCUGAGCCAGGAGCAGAAAUUUCUCUUGCAGCAUAUGAAUCAUUAGUUUCUGUUCUCAGAGUUCUAGCUUCAACAUAUGUCCCUCAUUCUUUUUAUCCCAUUGAGGAAAAUGAGCAAUUGUUUUCAGAGAUAGAAGCCAGGCCUCAGUUAGAUUAUAUGUAUGUGUCUUUCAUUAAAAAUAUCAAUGAUCUCCUAGGGGCAGGAGUUUUGGCUAGAGCUCGAAGAGCUGUUUUGUUGGAUAUAAAGUGGUUGUGCCUAGAAUCUUUGCUGUCAAUUCCUUUUGCUCUCAAAAUUGGGUUUCAUUCGGAGGAAAACCACUCAUUCUUCUCAGAUGGCACUCUAAAAUGCAUUUUUGAUGAUCUUGUCGAGAGCCUUGAAAAUGCUGGAGAAAGUUCUGUUUUACCCAUGCUGAGAUCACUCAGAAUGUUAUUUGAGCUAGUUGCGAGAGUGGCAUCAAGUGCAGUUGUUUCCCAUUGUCACAUAAUAGAUGCACAGAUGAUGUGGAAUUUGAUCCAUUCCUCCUGGAUAUUGCAUAUCAGCUGUAAUAAGCGGAGAGUUGCUUCAAUUGCUGUUCUUUUGUCAUCUGUUUUACAUCCUUUUGUAUUUAAUGAUGAGAGCAUGCAUCAAAAGGACAAUGCACCUGGACCCCUGAAAUGGUUUAUUGAAAAUCUUCUAGAGGAGGGCACAAAGAGUCCUCGUACAAUUCGUCUUGCAGCAUUGCACUUAACGGGGUUAUGGCUCUUAAAUCCUAGGAUUAUAAAGUUUUACCUGAAGGAGCUCAAACUGCUCUCUCUUUAUGGAUCAGUUGCAUUUGAUGAGGAUUUUGAAGCUGAACUAGCUGACAACAAUGAUGCUAAGCUGGAAGUCUCUUUACUGGCCAGGAGUCCUGAUCCUGAGCUGACUGAAGCAUUUAUUAAUACAGAGUUGUAUGCACGUGUAUCAAUUGCUGUUCUGUUCUACAAGUUGGCAGACUUGGCUCGGAUGUUGGGAACACCAAACGAAGAUGAAAUCUGCAUUGCGGCCCAAGAAUCUGGCAGAUCAUUUCUACUAGAGCUUCUUGACUCCGUGGUGAAUGAUAAAGAUCUUGCAAAGGAGUUAUACAAAAAGUACAGUUCUAUUCAUAGACGCAAAAUACGUGUGUGGCAAAUAAUAUGUGUAUUGUCACCAUUUGUUGUGGAAGAUAUAGUUGGGAAAGUUGUAGAUUACUUGUAUAUAUCGCUUAAUAGAAAUAACCUACCUGCUGUACGGCAAUACUUGGAGACAUUUGCAAUCAACAUUUACCUGAAGUUUCCAUCACUUGUUAAAGAACAAUUGGUCCCUAUAUUGCGAGAUUAUGAUAUGAGACAGCAGGCACUAUCUUCAUAUGUAUUCAUAGCAGCUAAUAUCAUUCUCAAUUCAUCUAAAGAUGUUCAAUCUAGGCAUUUGGAUGAAUUAUUUCCACCUCUAGUUCCAUUGUUAACUUCACAUCAUCACAGCUUACGUGGUUUCACCCAGUUAUUAGCAUAUCAAAUUCUGCAUAAACUGUUUCCGUUGUUGAAUUAUGAAUCUUCUGAGAUACUACCUUUAGAGAAAAGGUGCUUUGUAGAUUUGAAAACAUACCUUGCAAGAAAUUCUGACUGUGCACGCUUACGAGCAUCAAUGGAAGGAUAUCUUGAUGCUUAUAACCCAAGUAGCUCUGUCACACCUGCCGGAAUUUUCAUCAAUCGUAUUGAGGAGGAUGAUUUUGAAUGUGUUCCAACAUCUCUCAUGGAGCAAGUUCUUAGAUUUUUAAAUGAUGCUAGAGAAGACCUAAGGUGUUCGAUGGCAAAGGAUGAGGUGACCAUCAGGAAUGAGUCUCUAAAUUUCAAUGGGGAUAAGAAUUGCAUGGAAAAUUUAUCUGGGGGCAAUGAAGGAACCAUGCUUAAAGAUAUGUCUUCAGAUUUCCAGAAAAAGGUUACUUUUACUAAACAUGACAAGAGGAAUAAUGAACUGGGUUUCCUUUAUGGCAAUGACGAAACCUACAGAAAAAUGGCUGAGAUAGAAAGGGAUGAUCUCCUUCUGGACCAAUUAUUGCAGUCAAGAAGAUUAUCUCUAGAUCAACACAAGGCAAGUCGACAGGAUUUUAUCCUUGUUGCAUCAUUGCUUGACCGCAUUCCCAAUCUUGCUGGUUUGGCUCGUACAUGCGAGGUGUUUAGAGCAUCAGGGCUGACCAUUGCCAAUACAAAAGUCACAAGUGACAAACAAUUCCAACUAAUCAGUGUGACAGCUGAAAAGUGGGUUCCUAUAAUAGAAGUCCCAGUAGAUAGCAUAAAAGCAUACUUACAGAAAAAAAAGCGAGAAGGGUUUUCCAUCUUGGGUUUGGAACAAACUGCAAACAGUGUACCCCUUGAUCGAUAUAUGUUUCCAAAAAAAAUGGUCCUAGUUCUCGGCCGAGAGAAAGAAGGUAUACCUGUAGAUAUAAUUCAUAUUUUGGACGCUUGCAUUGAAAUUCCCCAAUUUGGAGUUGUUAGAUCUCUCAACGUUCAUGUAAGUGGUGCUAUUGCUCUCUGGGAGUACACUCGACAGCAGAGAUCUCUAGCUCAUGACUGAGAUUAAUUUUACAA